AUGGAUUCCUCAAGAGACAACAAAAUUCGCAAGCGCGUCCUCCAGGCAUGCAACCGCUGUCGCCUCAUAAAGCUCAAGUGCAAUGGCUCCAGCCCGUGUGGCCGCUGCAAGGCCAACCUAGCCAUCUGCGUCUUCGGCAAACGCGAGAAGCACCACUACAAUAGUAAAACAGCUGUUGCACCAGGUUGCAAAGAGAGGCAGGUUGACUCCUGUCCGAGCGUCUCCCAGUAUUGCGUCCUCUACACUGGGUGGUGUGAUCUAAUGUUUCAGAGAGGAAGCUCCGAGGAAAUAAGCAAUCAGCUUAUUAUAACGACAGUCAUACAACUCUCAGCAUGGUUGAUGGAGUUCGAAACUCUUGACUUGGAAACCGUUGAAGGAGUAUAUUGCUUCUCCGAACAGUGCGUGAUAUCUCGGGACGCUCUGACCGACGCUGGACGAGAAGAACUGCGGAAUAUGUUUGUCGGUGCAGCAGAGCAGCGCGCAAAGCUCAACGCUCAAAGCCAGGAUUUACCAACAAAUGCAGCUACCACGCCAAGACCCAUCGACUACGCUUAUCCAACAUCCAUUGGGCAGAAUUCGGAGCCUGAACUUGAAUCACCAACAUGUGUUUCGCAGAGUAGGCGCGAACCGCUGCCAUAUUCGGAUCCGUGCCUGGCCCCGGUCGUUCAGUCAUCAUGCGCCGUGGCGGUUGAAGACCCCACGGCUGGAACUACUCUCAUGGAGGAUGAUCACUUCAUCUUUACAAAAUACUUUUACCUUGACCAAGCCGAUCUGACGGAAGAAAAUUGGGUCUUCCCUGAAGAAGGCGUUUACCUUGGUGACUAA